GCCUAGUCUACUAUUGGUGCUAGUAGCUCGUAUCUCUCUGUUGCCUGCCAUUUUUCAUUUUCCUUCCCUGGCCGACUCCCUCAGGCCUUCUCCCCAAACAACAGCAAGAAGACAAAAGCAAGAAGAUGCAGACAACAAAGGAUCUCAUCAAGCCCGAGCCCCGUGAGGUUCCGGUGCGGUUGUCGUUUCUACUGCUCCUGUUCGUUGGCGUCCUCGUAUCUACAACCGUCCGCCAAGAGCUGAUUCAAUUCCAGCGAUAUGAAGCCGCAUACACCCUGAGCCGUUCUUCCAAUGGAACCGUCAGCAGCGUCUCCGUGACCUUUCAUGAGGUUGGUAAAUCGGAUUCCGUGGUGGUGGGAACCGCAGCGUCAGCGGCGGCACAACCGUCCAGAUCCCUUCAUGAUGAGGAAGCACCCAAGCAAGAGCCGGCGGCCCCACCACAGGAAAACGCAGAAGAAGUGACCCCACAGGAGUCUGCCGACAAGAAAUGGACCAUCGUCGUAGACGACAGUAAGGCAGAAACUUCUAGUGAGUCUUCCCCUGGCAAGAAUAUCGAACAACUCAAGCAAGAAGCAGCAACCCCAGAACAGCCAGAACAGCUCAAGCAAGACACCACUUUAACCAUCGAGAAGACGUCUCUAGGGGGGACAAAUUAA